AUGGAUUACUGUUUCACUGGCGUUUUCGCAUGCGAAAUGCUUCUGAAGCUAAUCGAUCAAGGGAUCAUACUUCAUCCUGGCUCAUACUGCCGUGAUUUUUGGAACAUCCUUGACGGCGUUGUUGUCACAUGUGCUCUUGUUGCAUUUGGUUUCGCUGGUACCGAAGGAUCAGCUGGUAAAAACUUGAAUACCAUCAAAUCGCUGAGAGGUACUUCGUGUGUUGAGGCCACUGAAGACCAUCAAAAGGAUACCAAAGCUGAAGUAAUUGCUGUACAGCUUUUCAAUGGGAAGUUCUUUUAUUGUACCGACAAAACGAAACGCUUUGCACAUCAAUGUCAUGGACAGUUUUUCAUUUUCGAUAAUCAGAAUGAACCGCCUCGUGUUGAACAGAGAGAAUGGAGACUUCGGCCGUUCAACUACGAUAAUACCAUCAAUGCGAUGCUCACACUGUUUGUGGUGACUACGGGUGAGGGAUGGCCGGGUAUUCGCCAGAACUCAAUGGAUACCACAUUUGAAGAUCAGGGACCAAGUCCUUUCUAUCGGGUCGAGGUAGCACUAUUUUAUGUGAUGUUCUUUAUUGUAUUUCCGUUCUUCUUCGUCAAUAUUUUCGUCGCCUUGAUUAUCAUCACAUUCCAAGAACAGGGUGAAGCUGAGCUGUCAGAAGGUGAUCUGGACAAGAACCAGCUCUGGGAAAUGGAAGUGUUGACACCGAUGCUGCAUUUCUUCAGAGAAGCAUCAAUCCGCCUUCUCUCGAAGAAGCAAUGUAUCGAUUUUGCGUUAAACGCUCGACCACGCUCUCUGUUCAUGCCGGAGGAUAAGAAUUCGAUAAAAUAUCGAAUUUGGCGACUUGUCACAUCAGCACCCUUUGAAUACUUCAUAAUGGCGAUGAUUUGUUGUAACACAAUCAUUCUCAUGAUGAAAUUUCACGGGAAUUCAGAUUUCUACGAAAAAGUCCUGAGAUUAUUCAAUACUGCACUCACAGCUGUGUUUACUGUAGAGAGUAUACUGAAGAUUCUAGCCUUUGGAGUCCGGAAUUAUUUCCGAGAUGGCUGGAACAGAUUCGAUUUUGUGACAGUUGUUGGUUCAAUCACUGAUGCGUUGGUUACCGAGUUU